GCGCGGGUGGACACGUCCCUUUGUGCGCGCCUGGGGCCGCGCGCAGCGUUCAGCAUGAGCGGCUCGGGCGCCGCCGGAGCGGCCGCCGGCCCAGCCCCGCCGGCACAGGAGGAGGGCAUGACAUGGUGGUACCGCUGGCUGUGCCGCCUGGCGGGAGUGCUAGGGGCCGUGUCCUGUGCCAUCUCCGGACUCUUCAACUGCGUCACUAUCCACCCUCUGAACAUCGCAGCCGGUGUGUGGAUGAUCAUGAACGCCUUCAUCCUCUUGUUGUGUGAGGCUCCCUUCUGCUGCCAGUUUGUGGAGUUUGCAAACACAGUAGCUGAGAAGGUUGACCGGCUUCGCUCCUGGCAGAAGGCUGUCUUCUACUGCGGGAUGGCCAUCGUCCCUAUCGUCAUGAGCCUGACACUGACUACACUGCUGGGCAACGCCAUCGCCUUUGCCACCGGGGUGCUGUAUGGACUGUCUGCCCUGGGCAAAAAGGGUGAUGCCAUUUCUUAUGCUCGGAUCCAGCAGCAGAGGCAGCAGGCAGAUGAGGAGAAGCUGGCUGAGACAUUCGAGGGAGAACUGUGAGGUGAGGCAGGGUGGCCUGUCCUCAUUGCCUACUGCCAUUGGGGUCUGUGAAUUCUGGAGAAGUCUGAGUAUCAAUUCUGCUAAACGGCCUGGGAGAGGAGCACCUGCACGUCUCCAUGCCUCGAGGCUUCCUGUGCCUCCCUGUUCUCUGGACCUCCUGAGCCUGGAGCUCUUGCCCCACUAGGACUGAAGGCCUGGGCCUGGCAUGUGGAUGGGAUGAACUCACUCCUGUUAGCCUGCAGUGCACAUUCUGUGCUGGCGACGCUUCCCAGAGCUAAGAGCAGCCUCCCCUGAACACGCUGGUCCUCACUUGGCUAAGAGGCUUCACCCAGGCUUAAGCCACUUUAGGUUUUGUCCUUUCUAGGUUCAGGCUUGCUGACAGGUAGGGCUUCAGUUCUGCUCCAUGCUGUCCUCAGAGCAGAGGAGGAGUGCAACAGUGUCCUGAAGCCAGCUACUGCUACCAGGAGCAGGAGAGAUGGCUGCUCAUGUGAGAAUUUACAGCACUCCCAGGAUGAACUUCCUGGCCAGAAAAGCAACCUUGGCAGUGGCCAGAGGGUGGAAGUUCCCUACUGCUCAGUGCUAGAAAGUGUGUGUGUAUGUCUGUCUGUCUGUCUGUCUGUCUGUAGUAUGAUGUGGUAUGGGCGUGUGUAUUGCUGCUAGUCUGCACUGAAAACCUCCUCGUCAGGGAUGGCAGGUUCCUUAUUAGUAGGGAUUAACCUCAGGUAUUCUUCCCAACCUGCCCCUGGCAUCCCGUAGCCUUUGGAGAGCUGGGCAGAGACCAGACUCACCUCCUACACAGAGCUAGCCCCUUCUCAGGUACCAGAGCACAGAGAGUAAGCCUGCAUGGCUGGGGCAAGGAGAGCUCUUCCGCUGGCACAUGGCUCCAGAGACAUGCCCUGCUGUCCCCUCACCUUCCUCUGUACUGUUCUCUUCCCACUGUCCUGUGACAUUGGCAUCAGUGGCUGAUUAGAUGGGUCCUUGGCCAUUAGGUACAUGUUUGGUUGCCUGGCUGAAGAUGAUGUGUCAAGUGCUGAGCCCUGCCCCCCUCCUGCACUAGACCUUCAGCUGGACCUGUCCAUGGAACCCAGCCAUGGAGUCAUCAAGUUUCUAGGGGACCUUUAGCUCAUCAGUUCUUGAGGCCAGGAGUGGUGGACAUUCUCUUUGGGAUAGAAGCUCUGAUCCAUGGACUUUGGGGAUAGCAGCAGUUGUCCAAAGAGCCUGGCCAUGCUGAACUCUGGAGGGGCAGAACUAUUAUAGUGUAGCUGGUUAGGGGGUCAUGUGCCUUCACGGUUCAUCAGAGGCUAUUUUUCUUGAGCUAGGGGUGGGUUUCAAGGGCUCUGUGCAUGUGUGUUUGUAUCUGUUGGGCCUGUGUUAACAGUAAGACCUGUCUACCUCCCAGGAGGAGAAAAAGCCCCACCUGCUCCUCUGGUUACUUGGAUAGGCAUGGACUCCGGCCAGUUCUGCCCAGGCCUCGUACCUCUGCAGCAGAACUCAAAGGCGACAUGUAUAGUGAGAUUGUACCUCACUAGGGAAUCCAUUUUGUGCCAGGCAGGCAUGGGUGAGGUAUAAAGAGGCCCUCGGACAUA